AUGUUGACAUGCGUAAAAACUACACUUCCCCAAAGCUGUCACUGAGCGCUCCCGCCUCCCAUUGGCUGCUCUCUCCAGCCGCAGCCCCAGAGAAUGAAUGAAAUUGAAAUAGCUGCUACAUUACAUGUACAAUACCGGGCUCUGCAGUGUUGCAUUCUAUCAUACUAUAUCAAAAUGGCCACAGCGGUACAGAACCCUCUCAAAUCGCAAUCUGGAGGUGCAGUCAUCAAGAACAGUCUUGGUGAGGAGUUUUAUAAGGAGGCCAUUGAACACUGUCGCAGCUACAAUGCCCGUCUGUGUGCCGAGCGCUCGAUGCGUCUCCCCUUCCUGGACUCCCAGACCGGCGUGGCCCAGAGCAACUGCUACAUCUGGAUGGAGAAGAAUCACCGUGGACCAGGUCACGCUCCAGGUCAGUUGUAUACAUAUCCCGCUCGUUGCUGGCGCAAGAAGAGACGGCUAAACAUCCUGGAGGACCCGCGGCUUGUACCGAUCGAGUUCAAGAUCGACUACGAGGCUUCUCUAAAGAAGGAGGGGGGUAUACCAGAUGGUCCCGUGUUGGAGUCGCUGCUCGCCGGGGAAACCCUGGACAAGAAGGUAGAAACCAAGGAAGAAGAGCCAAUGAGCGAGUGUCAGAAGCUGCUGGUUGGAGAUUUCCCUCAUGAUUUGGAGGUGGACGAGAUGGAGGAAGACGUCCCUAAACGCAAGAACCGUACCAAAGCACGGGCCUGCGGUGUCGGGGGCAUGAGGAAGAGACAAGAGCCGGCUGCUAUUGAAGACAGAGACAAGCCUUACGUCUGUGACAUCUGUGGAAAGCGCUAUAAAAACCGCCCAGGGCUGAGUUACCAUUAUACUCACACACACUUGGCAGAUGAGGAGGGCGAAGAAGACUCGGAGCGACACACACUACCCUUCCAGCGCAAGAACAACCACAAGCCCAAGAAAGCACCUGACGGCUCAGUGAUUGCCAACGGCUACUGCGACUUCUGCCUCGGAGGCUCAAAGAAGACGGGCUGUCCUGAAGACCUUAUCUCCUGUGCAGACUGUGGACGCUCAGGCCACCCGUCCUGUCUGCAAUUCACAGUGAACAUGACGGCUGCGGUGAGGACUUAUCGCUGGCAGUGCAUCGAGUGCAAGUCCUGCAGUCUGUGUGGCACCUCUGAGAACGAUGACCAGCUGUUGUUCUGUGAUGAUUGUGACCGAGGAUACCACAUGUACUGUCUGAGCCCUCCUAUGUCUGAACCACCAGAGGGGAGCUGGAGCUGUCAUCUGUGUCUGAGACAUCUGAAGGAGAAGGCCUCAGCCUACAUCACCCUCACUUAAUCUGCGGAGCU